CUAAUGAAGCUGAGCCAUGAGACUGUGACCAUUGAGCUGAAGAAUGGGACACAGGUGCAUGGCACUAUCACAGGAGUGGAUGUCAGUAUGAACACACAUCUCAAAGCAGUGAAGAUGACGCUGAAGAACAGAGAACCUGUACAGCUGGAGACGCUGAGUAUUCGAGGGAAUAACAUCCGAUACUUCAUCCUGCCGGACAGUUUGCCUCUGGAUACUUUGCUAGUGGAUGUUGAACCCAAAGUCAAAUCCAAGAAAAGAGAAGCAGUUGCUGGAAGAGGCCGUGGCAGAGGCCGUGGCAGAGGCCGAGGUCGUGGAAGAGGACGAGGGGGCCCAAGACGGUAACCUCUCACUACACAACUGUUACCAAAUCGUGGGCAGUUUUGGAUAUUUUUUUGUACAGGUCUUGUUUAUGGUAUCCAUUUUUAAUAAACUGAGAUGUGAAAAA